CCCCCCGAGAACCUGCCUCGGAUUCCGCGGGGCGACCUGCAGCCGCGCUUUAGAACUCCCGGCGGAGGGGCCUCCGCCUCCCAUGCGCCGGAGGCCGUGCGUGUGCCAGCUCUCUCGCCCCCGCCGCACGGAGAGCGCCUCGUCGUGGGGCGUGCGGACGGGACGUGCGCCGCGAGGGACGCCGGCGCGGAGCUGCGCGGUGAGGCGAGGCAAGGCCCGGUCACCCCCGCGGAGGCAGCGCCCUGAAGAGGGAGCCCCGCGCCAGGAUUUGGGUGUGAUUGGCAUUGUGCUGGUUCCACAGUGAAGAGGUAUUUUUCACUUCAAGACAUCUUGUGUUUAAGGAUCAUGGUAGACAGUUUAAUAGUUUCUUUGAGACUUCUCAGUUCCCUAGCAGUGCUGGGAUUUCAGUUUGUCAUCCCACAGCCUUCGAUUGAACACAGAAAGGUUCCUCAGAGGAUAGAAGACCAAAGGGAUGCAUCUGAGGAUAAGGGUUCAGGAAUCCCAGGCAUGUGGGGAAGUUGGGGCCCCUGGUCGGCCUGCUCUCGGAGCUGCAGUGGGGGUGUGAUGGAGCAAACACGGCCUUGUCUUCCAGCCUAUUACCGUGAGAGGAGCUACCGCAGGCCUGGGCGACAGUACCUGGCCUCUGAGAGAGCUCCUGCUCGUCAGAAUUCCCACCACCAUGAGGACUCGCUGGCUGCCUAUCCAGGCCAUGUCAUUUCUGCCAUCCGUACAUCUGUGCCCCUUCACAGGAAUGAAGAGCAGCUCUGGCCUGGCCCUUGGGCCUCGGCUUUUUCAGAAGGCCACAAUAACAGCCAUCUGAGCAGAGCAGCACUAAGAGGCAGCAGGCAUUCACAGUCCCAGAGGCAGAAUGCCAAGCCAGAAAAGAGAAGCAGAAACAGAAAUCCUAUUGGUCCAGGAAAAUAUGGAUAUGGAAAAGUGCCAUACAUUUUACCUUUACAAACUGAUACUGGUCAGCAGCCUCAGAAACUUCGGAGGCAGCGACAGUCCUCAAGGAGCCAUGUAUUUCAUCAGAGUCCAAGUCUCAUGAACACUUACAGCCAGGCAGCUAGUCCUUCACUUCAACAUGGGAAUCUUUAUCAAGAAGAAAGUGGGCCUCAGACUGGUCAUCAAGUGCUGGGACCCUCAGUUUAUCAGUCAUCCUCAUUUCCUAUCUCUCAAAGCCUGUUUCAAAGCAGUGAAUCCAACCAUCAUGGGUCUGCGUCACACCAGGGAGUUCAUCAUCAGCCCCAGCCUCAAAGGGCUGCAGCAAUUGUGUGCAUUGGCACCUACAAGCAAUAUAAACUCUGCAACACAAACAUGUGUCCUGAAAGCAGCAGAAAUAUCAGAGAAGUGCAGUGUGCAUCAUACAAUAACAAGCCAUUUAUGGGUCGAUUUUAUGAAUGGGAGCCUUUUGCAGAAGUUAAGGGAAGUCAGAAGUGUGAGCUGAAUUGCCGUGCGAUAGGCUACCGAUUCUAUGUGAGACAAGCAGAAAAGGUGAUAGAUGGGACACCCUGUGACCAAAACGGGACUUCAAUCUGUGUGGCAGGGCAGUGCAAGAGCAUUGGCUGCGACGACUACCUGGGUUCAGACAAAGUGAUUGACAAGUGUGGAAUAUGUGGAGGGGACAACACUGCUUGCAAGGUUGUGUCUGGAGUUUUCAAACACACACUAACAAAUCUUGGCUACCACAAGAUAGUGGAAAUUCCUGAAGGAGCUACUAAAAUCAACAUUACUGAGAUGUCAAAGAGCAACAACUAUUUGGCAUUGCGGAGUCGAUCGGGACGGUCCAUCAUCAAUGGAAACUGGGCAAUUGAUCGACCUGGGAGAUAUGAAGGUGGUGGGACAAUGUUCACUUACAAACGCCCCAAUGAAAUCUCCAGCACUGCAGGAGAGUCGUUUUUAGCUGAUGGUCCCACAAACGAAGUCCUUGAUGUCUAUAUGAUACAUCAGCAGCCUAACCCAGGUAUACAUUAUGAAUAUAUCAUUCCAGGAGACAAUGUCAUCAGUCCUCAGUUGCUUGCUCACAGGAGGCCAGGGGAGCCAUUGAAUGGCCAGUUAGGAAUGCCAGAAAGUACACAUCAAGAGGAUGAGGAUUUGCACAGGGAGACAGACACUCUCACUGGACACUUAGCUGGAACUUUUCCAGUUAUUCAGCCAGGAAGAUUUCCUUCUCAUCAGCCAGAAAAUCAGGUGCCUGCUGUACAGCCACCAAGACAAAACCGAGAACACAACUGGAAACAGAUUGGAAAAACUGAGUGCACUACUACAUGUGGGAAAGGAUCUCAGUACCCAGUUUUCCACUGUGUCAACAGAAUCACACAUGAGGAGGUACCUGAGAGUUAUUGUGACAGCAGCACCAAACCCAUUCCAGAAGAGGAGGCAUGCAACCUCUUCCCAUGUCCAGCUUUCUGGGAUAUAGGGGAGUGGUCUGAGUGCAGUAAAACAUGUGGCCUUGGUAUGCAGCAUCGACAGAUCUUAUGCCGGCAAAUGUAUGCCAAUCGUACCUUGACAGUUCAGCAGUACCGCUGUCAGCACCUGGAGAAACCAGAGACAACCAGCACUUGCCAGCUGAAGAUCUGCAGUGAAUGGCAGAUAAGGACAGAGUGGACUUCAUGUUCAGUGCCCUGUGGAGUGGGGCAGAGGACCCGGGAUGUCAAGUGUGUCAGCAACCUUGGAGACAUUGUUGAUGAUGAGGAAUGUAACAUGAAGCUACGGCCGAAUGAUAUUGAGAACUGUGACAUGGGUCCCUGUGCUAAGAGCUGGUUCCUUACAGAGUGGAGCGACAGGUGUUCUGCAGAAUGUGGUGACGGAAUCCGUACGCGUUCAGUGGUUUGUAUGACAAACCACGUUAGCAGUCUGCCUCUAGAAGGCUGUGGCAAUAACAGGCCCUCCGAAACAACUACCUGUAAUAAUGGACCCUGUGCUGGUAAAGUCGAGUGGUUUGCUGGGGGCUGGACUCAGUGCUCUACUGAAUGUGGUAGUGGAACUCAACAGAGAGAAGUCAUUUGUGUUAGGAAAACUGAAGGUAACUUUGAUGUUUUGGAUCCUCAUGAAUGUUCAUAUUUGGAAAAACCUCCUGGCCAACAAUCCUGCUACCUCAAACCUUGUGGAUCUAAGUGGUUUCAUACAGAAUGGAGCACAUGUUCUAAAUCCUGUGAAGGAGGAUUUCGGGUUCGAGAGGUACGAUGUUUAUCAGAUGACAUGACAGCCAGUACUCAGUGUGAUCCACAGCUUAAACCUGAAGAAAAAGAACCAUGUAACACGCAAGAUUGUAUCCCUGAAAUAGAUGAGAACUGCAAAGAUAAAUACUACAAUUGCAAUGUGGUGGUUCAGGCCCGGCUCUGUGUCUACACCUAUUACAAAACAGCCUGCUGUGCAUCCUGUACACGUGUGGCAAACAGACAGUCAGGGUUUCUAGGACAUAGAUAACAAAUACUCUUCUACUCAAAGCAGCAAUGUUGGUCUUCGGAUGGAGCUUGAACAGUGUUACUGUUUUGACUACAGGAGAUUUUAGUUUCUUAAAGGUGGUUUUAUAUAUUUCUGAGUCCAUCAAGACUAUGGUUAAAUCUCACACCCUUUCAGUUUCAGUUAUUGUGCAGUUAGAUUUUUUAAAAUGUUUGUUGUAAACCCAUGAUCUUUUAAAGCAUUAAUUUUUAAUGAUACUAUUCUUUGCACUUGCUCAUCAGAUAAUUAUUUAAAGACCAUAUAAGCCUUAGUAUUGUGAAAUUAAUGAAAAUUAAAGCAGUCACAGGCAAUUGCUGGAGAUCCUUGUUCAGUAUGGAUGCAGCUGCUGCAUUAUUUUCUGAGUACUUAAUCUUACUUGGUAUUUUGAAAAUUAAAACACCUCAAUCAAUGAAACAUGCUCAUGAGAAAAAUUACUUGACAAAGAAUCAGACCCUUGAAUACACAUUUAUCAUCAGUUUCUUAGCACUAUAAUGUAUAUUUUCAAUUACUUCAGUCCAUUUGUAAUAAAUUAGAGUCAGUGUUAAGCUCACUCAGUUGUACUUUUAACUAACUUCCUGUCCUCAGGCAGCAAAUAUAUAUACACUUGACUGCCAAAAGUGCCUUUAUAUUUAAUUCAUAAACUCUUGAAGUUACAUUUUUCUAAUUUUGUGUGGAUUUUAGCAUACAUUACCUACCAGAGUACCACUAGUGUCUAGCCCUUCAAGUCUUUAACAACUGCAGCUGUCAGUGAGACAUAUUUAACAGAAAGGUGAAGAGACUUUGCUGGUAUAAAGAAAAUGUGAUUGUUUCCAUUGGCAAGGUCUCUUUCCUGCAGGGCAGUUAUUUCAGUGAUCUGGUAUCUUGCCUGAUGUCUCUGUGCUGUUACCUAACAACUGUCAUACCAAAGUACUUUGUCCAGACCUGGUCUGGAUAGGUCACCAGUUUCUGAAAACCACCAAAGUGUGCAGGACUCUGUGCCUUAUAGUCAUCUGAUAUUCUUGGUGUUAGGCAGCAGUAUGAGUGUAGUACCUGAUUAUCUGUAAAAAUGAGAUCUUAGCUGUCUACAUCCUUCAGGGUUUGAUCAGUUAUUACAACAGACUUGUCUUUUUUUAGGCAAUGUUUCAUCCCAUAGAUAUAUUCAUAUCACUCCUUUUUUACUACUCAAGAAUGGCUCCAGACUUACAGCUGAAUUUAGAUGGUAAUUUUUCAUUUCUGCAAUUACUAUACUCAGCUUUGGGACUUGCUAAAAGCAAAUAGAAUGUGCUAUGUAGUGCAGAUGAAAGUUUUUUCAUUAUCUGCAUAUUCUCUAGCCUUUACCCGGGAGGUCUUGCAAAUGUGUAAAUAAAGCUGAGGGGGAAAGUAAAUGCUAGUUCAGCUGUUUAUUACAGCAUAUUGCUUGUAAAUUAGUGAUCCCCCAAUAUGCAUCUGUUUCUAAGGUGCCUGUUACGUGAGUUGAAAAUCAGUUUUAAUAAUCCAUGUUAAAUCACUCCCAGAGAUGUGAUAUAACAGUGGUUAAGGUGUCCUGCUACAAAUGAAGAGCCACCUUUGAGCCUCAUUAUGUAUUCUUUUCUUCUUACUGCUUUGGUGAAGAGGAAUUGAGAGUGGGACUCUAGGAGGCAGAAGCUGCUGCAUGCCAUACUGGUUGCAUCAGUUUGUGUGAUGGAAGUUACAGGAAUUUGGAAGUCCUUUAGACUAAAAGCUGCCUUGAAUUGAGACAAACCUUACGUUUUUUAAUUGGAUCGCUCAUGAAAAAUACAUUUUCAACAUGAUGAUAACUUAGAGAUUUGUGAUCAUAUGAUCCAAAGAAUGAUUUGGAGAAAGUGCAACAUAAACAGCUCUGGAAUCCAAUAUUUGUAAAUACACAUUUUCACCUGGAUAUCUUAUGGCAGCAAAACUUGACAUGCAGUGUAUAAUUUUUGCUCUUGUCUCUUUUGGUCCAAGGAAGUGUAUUGUGUCAGCUUGAGAGAAAUACCUGCUCUAUAAAAAGGUGAAAACCACAGGUUGAGUGCAACAGAGAGAGGUAAUCAGGUUUACAAUCAGUUG